UUUAACCAUGAUCACAGCGAUCAGCAGUUGUUUGUUGUCUGCUGAGCAGUUCGGAUAUCUUUUGCGCUUCAUUUGUGACAGUGCUUCCGCUUUCACCUCUGCCAAAACUCUUCAGGUGGUCGAUUAUCGCCGUGAUUAACCAUUUAACACAUUAUAAAAUAGUUUUUUUGUAAAUCACCAUAAAUUGGUGCUCGCGUGACACGAUAAAAUAUGUGCGAUACACAUCUUCGAUAGCAGAGAAGUCGUGCCUCCUCUUCAAUCUUUUCUUCUUGCUUUCCUGCUAUUUUCCAAGGGUGUUGGAACUAGUUAAAUAAUCUCUAGAAUGACCAAAAUGUGGAGGAUUACUGGCCUGAUUUUGUGUCUUGUGAUGCCUUCGAAAGGAGUGCCGCCUAAAUUGGUCGACAUCGAUAUUUGGGGCGAUUCAACGAGCAACAGUGUUCAUAAUGAAGCUGUUGAAAAAAUCUCGAGUAUAUCGAGCAACGUGACAAAGUCAGGCAGUCGGACGUCGAAAGUGCUCGGUUUCUUUGCUGCUCCCGUCAACGAUGAGUGCCUCUCAGGUGAUGGUCGUCGGUCUGGAAUCUGCCUCAAUGUCUACGAGUGCCGCCUCCAAGGUGGGACGUCCAACGGCGAAUGUGCUUUGGGUUUUGGCGUCUGCUGUGUCUUUAUCGCCACUUGUGAUCAGGAGAUAUCCAACAAUAUUACUUACAUAGUUUCACCAAGUUUCCCGGGUGUCUUAUCGCGCGAUGUGAAAAGUUGCAAACUGAAGAUAAAGAUGAUUGACGAGGACAUCAGUCAGCUGAGAUUUGACUUUAUUCACUUCCAACUGGGACAGCCUAAUCGAUGGACGGGUAUCUGUGAGGGGGAUCUAUUCAGUGUUACCGGUGGUGUAGCCAGUCAGGGUGACUUCAAAAUAUGUGGUCAGAACAGUGGCCAACACAUUUAUUAUGAUGUGGAAUCCUCCUUGGCCAGACCACCUACAGGACGUCAAAGUUCAGAAUCCACCCCAAUCUCUAGGACUGUGGAGAUACUCAUGAACUUUACUGAAUCCGCUUUCUUGCCUCGACUCUGGGAGAUACGUGUAGCUCAGAUUCCUUUCAGCCAGAGAGCUCCAGCAGGUUGCCUCCAGUAUUUUACUGGUAGUGAGGGUCUUAUCCAAACAUUCAACUAUGCUGAGAAUGGUCGUCAUUUGGCGAAUCAGAACUACCGAGCUUGCAUCAGGCAGGAAAUAGGGAUGUGCUCAAUUGCUUAUGAGCCGUGUAAUCCCUUUUCUUUUCGAAUUGGGCAGCAACAGCAGAUGUACUAUCCAGGGUAUCCAUAUGGAGGUUUUCCUGGGGCUGUCGGAGGAGGUCCUGGAGGGAUACCCGGUGGAGUUGGCGGGGUACCAAGUACAUACGCAUCUCCAGGUGGAGUACCUGCUGGUACGGUGAAUAGUGGUCCUCCAGGGAGUGGAGGACCACUAUCAGAUUCCGUGGUGACAGAUGCUGCGACAAAUGGGGCGGAUGCGACAAAUGACGCUGGGUCGGAAGCUGGAGGAGAAGGUGGCGGUGAUGGACUUCCGGACGAUGGGGCAGCAGCACCUCCGGAAGCCGUAAGUGAUGACGCAUCGGAUGGUGUGGCAAAUGACGAAGUGGAUGAAAAUGUGGCAGAUGAUGCGACCGAUGAUGCAGAAGGAUCAGGAGGUGGAGGAUUUUUCAGUUCACUCUCAUCCCUCUUCUCUUUCAGAACCUGGAGAUUUCCACGAGGACGAAGUGGACGCCAAUACUUUCCAUUUUGUUCAGACAGAAUGACCCUUCCUUGCAUCGUGGAGGAUUUUAUUGGGGCCAAUGAUGUGUCCAUGUGCCGUCCAGUGCACUGUGGCAGCAGCUUGUGCCCUCCGGGACAGACGCCUUGUCGCUUGGAGACAUCAGUGACGCCCUUUGGAAUUGGAUUUCACUUUGGUGAUGGUAUUAACAAAGGGAGCCCCGAGGAAAACAUUGGUGCUUGUCUGAGAUGGACACAAAUGCCAUGUUUGUAAAGAAAAAAUGACAAGUCUGUCGCUUUUUUUUUCUUAACAAUCUUGAAAUUUAUUGUAUAACUUUAAUUUCUUUCACUCUCAAAUAAUUCUCUUUUCAUAGUUCACAACUCAUCUUAAAUGGAAACAAUGGUUGAUUUUCUUUUUCGCUAUCUCUCAUUUUUUUCUGUGAUACAGUUCUUUAUUAUUUUGUGACUCUGUAAAUUUUAUAAAUUUUCCCUUUUCUUACAUUCUCUGUCACACAUUUUGUAUGUUUAAAGAAGUCAUGAUAUUUACUUUUUUAUCACUCUCCCUUGGAUUUUCUUUUUCUUAAAAUCUUAAUGUAAGAAAAUGAUUAUGAGUGUCUUUCUAGAAAUGUAUAACUUUUGUUAUUAGUUUUACUUCUUAUGUAAUUAUCCUUGUUUGUUUUCAUUUGAUUCAAUAGCUUUAUGUUUAUUUAAUUUUAUUCUUUCAUCUUCAUUUUUCUUUUAGAGAAAUGUGUAAAAUGAUAAAUGUGUGUCGCACUGGUGAGAAUGAUUUUAUUAAAUGUGUUGUGUUGAUUGUGUGUGAGAAGCUAUUACAUUUAAUAUUUCUUUUAUUAAUUCUUUUUCCUAAAUAUUUAUAUUUAAUGUUUAUGAUAGUUUAUUUAAGAUAAAUUGUAAUUUUUCAAUUUAUUAUAUUUAAAUUAAUAUCUCUGAUGGCCGA